AUGGCAGAGAUAUCUAUAUCGCGGACAACGGUUUCUACCGUAUUUACUACAGGGACCUCUUAUGAAGCAGUCGAUGUAUGGGUCAAGGCGCCAGGACAGACAGUGUUUAGCUUUUCGACGGAAUUUUGGAACACUUUCACUACCGCAUCAACUACCUCUUCAACUACUGCUUCAACUACUUCUUCCUCGACUACAUCUUCUACAUCCACAACGGACAGCUCGAGUACGACUUCGAGCCGAGUAUCACCGUCCCUCAUAAAUGCUACUCAGUCGGCCGAGUCAGAUGGCAACUCAGGUCUCUCCAGUGGAACCGUCGCUGGGAUUGCCAUCGCGUGCGCUGUCGCGGGGUUAAUAAUGGGAAUUAUAUUAGGUAUUUUCUUAUUCCGACAGCGAAGGCGGCAAGGGUCGGGUGAUAGGUCGCGCGGAGGAGAAUAUGAUAGCCAGGAGAAGCCUUUGCAGAGUCAUAUAUCAACAGAUAGACUGCAGCUGGACCAAUUUCUCUUAGAUCCAACCCCGGAUGCUGAAAUACGCACGGAGCUUCGUUCGUUGAGCCAGCUGCUGCAACAGCAUGUCGAAAAUAACUACCAUAGCCUGCCGGUUUCGCGUAAUGUAGAUAUCCUGUCUGCGGAGCUGGCUCGUCUAGGAGUAGGCCAGGGCGAUACUUUAAAGGCCGAUACGCUUGCUUCUUUAGCCCUAAACCCGAGAAGUCGAUGUAGUGCUAUUCAGCACAUCAUUGCCAGCGUUACAUUUGCCAGCGUCACCCUUGAUGCGAUUUCGCCCUUAUCUCUACUUCCACAGGCGGUAUCCUCGUUCGCCUCCUUGAUACCAGCUACGGAGAGCUUCAGAGGAAAUUCAGACGGUGAGCAGAGUAGCCUGGUUAAUGACAUUGCGAAUACUGAUACAUACGUGAUUAUAACAGCCGUCAAUGCCGCAUUCACUCGAUGGCGACAGUUAUCCGCCUUCUUGCUUCACCCAAGCAGGAGCGAUAGGACGCCAUUGGUCCCAUCUGAAGAUGUUAGCACUCGUCAAGCGCAACGGCUUGCAGAGGCCCUGAAUGUCUUCCUCGAGCCUUUCGUAGCGGGCGACCGCGAUGACAGAUACGAACAGGAGAACCACUUGCGGGAAGUAAUCGUAGAAUGCGCUACGUUUGGCUAUUUGUUAUUCUCUCAGCCCUCGGAGUAUCGUUUCCGCUUCGAAGAUGGUAUGAAUGCGAAUCACAUAAUUGUUUUCCCUGGGGUAGAUAGGAUUAGUGAUGAAGACGGUCAUAGAUACCCUUCGAUGAUUCAACCAGUCGUCACGCCUGUUGUUGAAAGCUUUUAG